AAUUGUUCUUUCUUGAGUAUAGAUGUGACAUUUUUAUCUUAAUAUGACUGAAAUACGACCACUAAAUGAAGAAUUAAAAGCAAUUGCCAAGAAUGAGUUAAAUGAAGUUGAGAGUCGUAUAGUUGAAGAUAUUUCAACACUAAGAACAUGGAUCCAAAAACAACCACAUUUGAGGGCUCGUACAGAUGACCAAUUUUUAGUAACUUUUUUAAGAGGCUGUAAAUAUAGUAUGGAAAAAGCUAAAUCUAAAAUAGAUUUUUAUUAUACAAUCAAAGCCUUAAUGCCUGAAAUAUUUACUAAUUUUUAUAUGAAUGAAGAAUUUAUUGAACUUGGACGUUUAGGCUAUUUUGUAGCACUCCCGAAUCCACUUGGUGGUAUUGGUGGUCAACGUAUACAUUUAGCAGUUUAUAAAAAUGUGGAUCCAAAUAAAUAUCACUUAAGUACUUUGUUUCGCUAUUAUAUACUGGUUAGUGAAUUUGAAAUAAAUACGGAUGAUAAUGGUAUUAUAAGUGGUUUGAUUCAUAUUCUGGAUUUCUCCAAAUUACACUUGACAUUUGUGAAACAAUUUAAUCCAAUUUUUGUAAAAAAGCUACUGAUUUUUAUUGAUAAAGCAGAGCCAAUGCGCGUGAAAGGAUUUCAUUUCGUUAAUUGUCCAAAGGAAACCUUAGCAAUAUUAAGCAUUGCAAGAAAUUUUUUAAGUGAAAAACUAAAGCAACGAUUUUUCAUUCAUAAAAGCCUAGAAGAUCUUUAUAAAGUAAUACCAAAGGAGAAUCUACCAAUUGAAUAUGGUGGUAUCAAUGGUUCUAUACCGGAGAUUCAAGCAGAUAUGGAAAAAAAACUUUUAGACUUUAAUAAUUACUUCAUGGAAGAGACAAAGUAUGGAGUAGAUGAAAAAUUAAGAAUUGGUAAAAAAAUAAAUAGUGAAACUCUCUUUGGCAUUGACGGAUCAUUUAGAAAAUUGAAUAUUGAUUAACCAUUUCUUUUUUUUAAUAGAAUGUAAAAGUUAAUAGACUGUUGUAUUUCUUUGAACUUUGUAGUUUUGUUUAG